AUGGAGCUCCCUCGAAGCCUCGACUCCUAUAGAGACGACAAUCUCAUCAUCCAGGACUAUGACGGCAUUUUUGCAGUCCCGCGUCCUCUUCCGGCUCUUUCAACCGACACACUUGUCAAAUGCAUCUUUGACGCUUACAAAAACAACAUCAAGGUGCGCCUCAUGGCUCUCACAGACAUCACCCCUUGUCUCUGCGCCGUUGCUCCGAUUGAGAGAAUUGAGGCUGGUAUGGUGGCCCUGGUGGUCACAUCGGAAGUGGAGUAUUACAAGCUACUCAGGAGCAAUCCCGAAGAUGGCCAGCCACGAUCAGCUUCCUUGUCGAUCUUUUCAAUGUACAAGGAUUCAUUUGACUUGAUUGAGAAAGCCGGGACUGUCGUUCUGGCCUGGAGAUUCUACGGCGUUGAUGAUUCUCCUUUCAUGGAUCGCCAGGGUCAAGUGUUGCCUCUGAGAGGUAAUACCCACCCAGAUCUAUCUUAUCCAUCCCUGCAGCGUCGUCGAUCUCCUUCGCCUCUACAGCCUGAGAGCAAUGAAGCAGCUGAAAUCAAGACUCUUCGACUCGAGCUAGGCCAAGCAAAAGCCGAGGCGCUGAACAACAGAAUCCUCAAGGAAUACAUGCAAGCGAAGUGGUUAGUGACCAUUUAUCACUGCGAAGACCAAGUCACCGAUAGACGUACCACCGAGAUAAUCAAGAACUGCAUUGCAAAGAGAUUUGAGCAGGCGCAGAAGACACGCGGUAAGCCGCAGAAGAUUGUUAGGCUGGCCACAGAGAAGCACGUUGAUAGCAUGGCGGAGGAGAUGACCUAUGAUAAGGAUGAGGAGGCGACGAGACCGCUUACAAAGUAUGACUAUGAGGUUUUUCUGCGGACUUUUUUCGCUGCUAUUAAUGCGAUUCAGAAUGAUGAGGUGAAGGAGAAGAAGAAAAGAAAUUCCAUUUGUUCAUGCGCGCCUUGGCAUCAUUUCGACCCCAAGGAUAUCCAGCUGCCCAGGAAGAAGAACGAGCACGAGCCACCAUCAUAUCUGCCUUCCAGAGUUCUUUUGAAGGACGGAAAUGCCGCCUUUUUCAAGCCCAUGAGGUGGGGAGACCAGAAAACGUUCAUGAACGAGCUUGAGAAAUACAAGAACAUUCGCGACGCCCACCUUGACGAAUCGCUUCGAAUCUCACGCCUGAUUGGCCUGGUACGAGAUGGAACUGGUCCGGUCUUUGGCUUGCUCUUGACCUAUAUCGAUUGCGGUCGCAAGACCUUGCUGUGCGCAGCAGGACCGGAUAUACCGAGGGAGCUCAAACAAUCCUGGGCUCAGCAGGUCCACGACGCAGUUCAGCAACUGCAUGCUGCUGGUAUUGUUUGGGGCGAUGCGAAGCCGGAUAAUGUCCUUGUUGACAGAAAGAACGAUGCAUGGCUGAUUGAUUUUGGUGGAGGCUAUACAAAUGGCUGGGUGCCCAAGGAACUAGCGGGAACUGUAGAGGGUGAUUUACAGGGCUUGAAGAGGAUUAAUGAGUUCUUACUUAAUGGCAGUCUGUGA